AAAUAUAUAACUCUCAACCCAAAUAAAUAUAUUUGUCUGUCACACACCUAUGGCAAAAUGUUAUCCAAAUACGACCCUUCAAUCUUCCAUUCCACCAUCUUCUUCCCAAACACACACAGAGCGUAAAUGGCUCUUGCUUACCCUAUCUGUUCUUCCCCUUCUCCCACCUUCUCUGAUUUCACAACUCACAUUUCAUCCCCUAAUUCUUUCGCCAACCCCAAAUUCCCCAACUUCAAUCACAAAUCCCGCAAAUUCAAAAUCUUUUUCUCUUUCCAACCACCCAAUUCUAUUGAAGAUGCAAAUUCUCAGUUCCUCAGUUCCGGACGAGUUUUGAGCAAAACCCAACACGCCAUCUCAUCUCUCGCCAAUUUGGACAAAUCUUUUGACCCAUCUGAUGCUAAUGGGCAGCAAGUUUCUGAAAUUCUCAAGGGUUUGGGAAACAAUGUUGCAGAACAUGAUGCAGAGUAUGUUCUCCAUAACAUACCAAACCCUGAAAUUGCGAUUCUUGCUCUUGAAUACUUCAAGAAGAAGAUUGAACCGGAGAGACAUGUUAUUCUUUAUAAUGCGUUGUUUUUGCUUUUUAGACUAAUUAAGGAUUUUGAGAAAGCAGAGAAGGUGUUUGAGGAAAUGCUCCAGAGAGGAGUCACGCCUAAUGUUGUUACGUUUUCGACUUUGAUUAUAUGUGCUUCUGUUUGUUCUUUGCCGCAUAAAUCUGUGGAGUUGUUUGAGAGGAUGCCUUCUUUCCGGUGUGAACCAGAUCACAAUGUGUCGUCGUCUAUGAUUUAUGCUUAUGCUCAUAUGGGUAAUGUUGAUAUGGCUUUGAAAUUAUAUGAUGAUGCAAAAAAUAAGAAAUGGCGUGUUAGGACAGUGGCUUUCUCUGCUUUGAUUAAGAUGCAUGGUGUGUUGGGAAACUAUGAUGAGUGUUUAAGUGUUUAUAAAGAUUUGAAGGCUCUUGGUGUUAGGCCGAACAUGAAAGUGUAUAAUGCUUUGCUGUAUGCAAUGGCGAAAGCUAAGAGGGCAAGGGAUGCUCAGGGUUUAUACGAAGAGAUGAAAAUGAAUGGAUUUUUGCCAAAUUGGGCAACCUAUUCUGCUCUCUUGGAAGCUUAUUCGAGAGGACGGUUAAGUAAAGAAACGUUGAGUAUGUAUAAGGAAAUGAAGGAAAAGGGGAUGAAAAUGAAUAAAUUUCUUUACAGCAUGCUUCUUGACAUGUGUGCUUAUGUUGGCUGUGUAGAUGAAGCUGAAGAAAUAUUUGAAGAUAUGAAGCGUUCCGAGACUUGUGAGCCAGACCUUGUUGUAUACUCAUCCUUGAUUAACAUGUAUUCACGCAUUGUCUUUUGAAUGUGA